UUUCGAAGAAUUUAAUUUUUUUAGAAGUUUUUUUUUUAAUUUUUAAUCAUGUCUCGCCCGAAAAUUUACGUAAAUCCGAAUUUUCAGCCGAGUAAAAGUAACACUCAAGUGCACAUCAAUCCGAAUUUCGUUCCAAAGGCAAUUCCAACGGAGACGGUUCAUGUAAAUCCUUUGUUCCUGCAGCUGAAACAGACGCCAGCGAUGAAUUUCACACAAAAUCCGACAGUUUCAAGCUUUUCUACGGCAUCGACGACGACAGAAGUGCAACCUUUGAUAAGAAAAACGCGUCACAAGUUGUUGCGCAUCAAAAAUACGCCAGCAACAAGUGCUUCUCCGUCAAAAAUUGCGCCUCAAACGCCACAAAUGAUCAAAGUUGGUCGAAAUAAAUUGAUAAAAGCGAACAUUUACAAGGAAUCUCUCUUAUCGAAAACGAAACCAAAACCUGGAAACAUGUACAAAGUCGAUAAUCGAGCUUCAGGAGUGCUGAAGAAGCCAUUAACGAGCUCCAAGGUUGUGAAAAAAUCGAUUCAAUCCCGUCACAAGACCUUACAAUUGAAAAAAAUCAACGGAACAGUGUAUCGUGCUUCGAAAAAUCGACUCGAGAGACAAAGAACUGUCUCGGGAAGUGUUCAAAACGUCAAUUCCGUAAGCAGUAAGCACUCGGAUCGACUAAUUUCGCUGAACGGCGCCAAAUAUAUCCUCAAGGAGAACGGAAAACGAUUAAUUCCCAUCGUUAAAGCUCCCUCAGUGACUCCAUCUUCGUCAAAAACGUCUCUCGAAAUUGCUGGAAUUCGUUUCUUGCAACUCAUGGACGGCACUUAUGUUCGUCAUCACACCCAUUCGUCGCAAAAAUCCGUGGCGCGGCAACAUUUGACGACCUCCAAGCACAAAAGUAUCAAAAUUCUCACGAAAAAGCUGCGAAAAUGCAACAUUCCGUGUCCCGUUUAUCGCAGAAUUGGAAAAUGUUUGGCUUUUACGCGAGGGAGAUGUCCGAAAUUGCAUGACCCAAAAUACGUUGAUAUCUGUUCCGCCGCCUUGAGGAAAGGAGGAUGCACCAAAAUCGGUUGUUUAAUGUCUCAUGAUUUGUCGCUGUCGAAAAUGCCGGCAUGCAAAUAUUACCUUCAAGGAUGCUGCGUGAACGAUAAUUGCCCGUAUUUGCAUCACAAGUUGAAUGAAAAUGUGCCAAUUUGUCCCGAAUUUGCCAAAGGUUAUUGUGAAUUAGCUGAAAAGUGCGAAAUGCGUCAUGAACAUCCAGAAGUGAAGCAAAAAUCAAGGAAAAUGGGAAAAAGAAAAGUUGUGAAGGAAGUAAAAAUAGUUGAAGAAGCGACGAGUAGCUCGAGUACGCGAUAUUUCCUCAAAGAAACAGAAAAAAGUGAGAAGACAGAAGAAGAAGGUAAGGAAAUUUCUAUUUUUUCAGGAAAUUCUGAAAAUGACGAGACCCAAGAAGGGGAUUCUCGCCCACCGAUCGGUUCAAUGCCUGCUUUUAUUCCAAUCUGACUUUCUAAAUGUAUUGAAAAAAAUAAAAUAUUAGAGAA